CUCGUAGAGAUGUGGUAUGGUGUGUUCCUGUGGGCACUGGUGUCUUCUCUCUUCUUUCAUGUCCCUGCUGGAUUACUGGCCCUCUUCACCCUCAGACAUCACAAAUAUGGUAGGUUCAUGUCUGUAAGCAUCCUGUUGAUGGGCAUCGUGGGACCAAUUACUGCUGGAAUCUUGACAAGUGCAGCUAUUGCUGGAGUUUACCGAGCAGCAGGGAAGGAAAUGAUACCGUUCGAAGCCCUCACUCUGGGCACUGGACAGACGUUUUGCGUCGUGGUGGUCUCCUUUUUACGGAUUUUAGCUACUCUAUAGCAUACAUCCUUAUGCUGAGAUGUUGAACCUAAACUUGAUGGAAUCCUCCGGAAGAAUACGUUAUGGAGUGUAGUGUUUUCUUAGUUCUUCAAAGGGAAGCAACUUGGAUGAACAGGAACGUGAAGAACAACAUCUCAGCCUUUUCUUCAUUUUGAAGCUCCUAGAGUUGAAGACUUAUGUGGACUCCUAUCGUUCUCAACCAAAAGAAGUCUUUUGGCUUUCUUUUUUGUAGAUAUUUAAUUUAAGCAGUUUUCACAUGUACCUUUACCCAAGCCAAGUCAACAGUGUCUCUGGGGUGGCAUGCUUUGCACUGAAAUUUACAGUAUUCUGUGAGAUGUCGCAUAUUUUGAAGAAUCUAUGGGAGAUACUGGUUUAUUUCAAAUAAGCAGAGUAUGUUGUAUUAAAAUCUUACCUAAUCUUGAUUAAAAUUUGGCAAACUCUUUUCUUUACUAAAUCUUAGUGACAGUAAAUGCCAAAUAGGUUUUGGUUAAGUAUAGUUUUAAAAACAAAUUUGGUGAAAUAAAACAGGAAAAAAAUUUUAAGUAUAACUCAAGUAGAGGCUUUGGUUAUACUGUUUAAAGAAAAAGUAGAUAACAAUGAAUAAUGUGACAUUUUCUAGACAACUGUCUUGACCUCUGAUUAAGAUAUUUUAAGAGAUGUGAAUUUGUUACUGUAUGUUUUAUCAAAAUAAGCUAGCUAAUUUAGACUUUUUAGAAGAUUUUCUAUACUACCUUUCCUUAUCACUUCUCUUAAUUUUAUUCCAUUUAAUUGGAAACAUUCAUACCCUAUUAAAUGGCUUAAGUGGGAAAUUUUGAGCCAGAUUGGUUUGGACAUUGAGGCACAAAUAAGAUACUUUAAGCAUUCUAUCACAGUUUUUCUUAGUGACUUUGGUAUACUAAUGACCCUUGAGAAACUAUAGAAGUGCAUCUGAAACUAGAGUUAGUGGUUAUUGAUUUUUUAGCUUAAUGUGUUUACCUGGUGGUGACUCUUCAGCCCACUUUUACAGUAUUGGGUAUCAACUCCCAGAAAGUGCCUAAAAUUUAAUGUUCAGGUAUGCACCCCUCUCCCGUUUACAUUUUUAUUCAAAAGAAUUUAUACCUUUAAAGAGAUUUAAAUAUCAAGAGUUUUUUAAAACUUAAUUUUAGCUAUUUAAAUUUUUAUUCUACUGCCUAACUUUCUUUUUCAUUAAAAGGCCUGAAAACUGUGACUUUUUGAAAGGGAAAGGAUCACAGAAAUUAAGUAUAUAAUGUGAUCCUUACCACCUAAACUGUUUUGUAUGGAGUACAAUCAGUGUGGUGGUAGUGGUGGUGGUUAUCUGUCUUCAAAAUAGUUUCUGGUAAUUAAAUCUUACUUUUUUUUUGUUUUUUUUAGACAGCGUCUGACUCUAUCACCCAGGCUGUAGUGCAGUGACGCAAUCUCAGCUCACUCCAACCUCUGCCACCCGGGCUCAGGUGAUUCUGCUGCCUCAGUCUCCUGAGUAGCUGGGAUUACAGGCACCUGCCACCGCGCCUAAUUUUUGUAUUUUUAGUAGAGAUGGGUUUCACCAUCUUAGCCAGGCUGGUCUUGAACUCCUGACCUCGUGAUCCACCCGCGUUGUCCUCCCAAAGUGCUGGGAUUACAGGUGUGAGCCACCGCAUCUGGCCAUAAAUCUGACAUCUUUAAAGGAAAGUUUUCAUUGUGAGAUUAAAGCUUAACAGCCCAUGAGGUCAUAUGCACAUGAACUAGACUAAAUGGAACUUUCUAUUCCAUUUAAAGCAAUAUGCACUCUGGCUUCUGAUUAAAAAUAGCCAGUAGGAGAGUCUCCGAAUCUACUGUGAUUCUGGAGUCUGCCCAAUUUGGAAAAAAAAAAAAAAAGAAAGAAAGAAAAAGUCAGGAG